AUGGCCGAUGAUUCGUUCUACCUAUAUGGAGUCGGCGAGAAGCCCGACGCCCUAACGCUAGGCUCCCUCAUUCUGGAGAAAUACUGGCAGCCAUUGAUAGCGCGCCAUUACACGCACGAAAUGCUAAGUUUAAUAGAAAACGUCAGUGAUGAAGCUUUACACCACCACACCCAUAGCACGGAGAUAACAAACGUAAAGUUCCAUGGAACUUCUCGUCUCUCACCAGGUAUAGGGGUCGACGCAGGCGAUAUCGUGAAUCUGAAUCUAGCCUGGAAAAGAGAACUGGAACGAAUUGUCAUUGCCGAAAAGGGAACCAGGGUUAUUUUGAAGGAUCCGGAAGCCUUCCUCACAGAACAAGUGCUCAGCAAUAUUCAAGCACAACAAAAGCUCAAACUCUGGCUCUCGGCUGCAAGUAGCGCCUACGUGCUCAAUUUCAAGUUCGCCAGACGCCCGAAGGUCUGGUUGAUGACAGGGAUGUAUGUGCUGGAAGGCGCGCGGACGAUUGUUUCCAAGGAUCGAUCGUCGAAAAUCUCAGCGGGGAUAUCGUCCGCUCUUGUCGGCGCUCUUUCUGGAGUUCCGGUGGGUGGUUCUGUCAAGCUUGGGGAGGGUACAUCUUGGGAGAUGGCGAUGGAAGUUGCCGAGCCUCAUGUAUGGGCGGCGCAGUUUCGAUUGCUGGAUGCUCGGUUCUUGAAGAUGGGAGCUGGGGGUGUUGAUGGAGUGAAGCUGCCUGUUUCCAUGGGCCUUUAUCGGGAUGUUAUGUCGGUUCAUACGGCGCGGGGAGGUGAGGGGAGAACGGUUGAGGUUGGGCUUGGGCCUGAAGGGGAACUGGAAGGGGACGGUGAUGAAGAUUUGGAGAAUGAUCAGGAUAGUCUUGAGAUGGAGGAGUAUGAGAAGAGGUUGGAGCAGGCCAUUGGUGUUUUCGAGAAGGCCCCUGCUCAUUUCUUACAGUGA